AUGACACUUAAAAAAAGUAUCCCAUUAUCCAUCCAUACACCAUCUCGUGCAUCUCUUUCCCAGCUUUCAGAUAAGCCUAGUUUGAAGUCUCCAGCACCUUUGGUUCAAGAGUUAUCUUCUUCAAGGCUUAAGAAAACCUUGUUCAAAAAGACCUUGACAAAGUCUUUUGCCCCCCAGACACCUUCUCUCCCAGUCGGAGCUCAAACAAUAAUUAAAUCUUCAAUUACGCCCAUUGCUACAUCUGACUGCCCUCCAACUGCCAGAAAGCAGCAAAUUUUUUAUCUUACAGUACUGGACCAAUUAGUGAUGAAUUUGACCUGUAUAAACUUUGCAACAAAGAGAAUAUCUUUCUUUGUGAUUGACUAUGAUGAAGACCAUAAACGAUGCAUUACACUAGCAGCCAAAGACGCAAUCAUUGCUGAUCUAAGAUCCUCUUUAGCUCUUUUGAAAGAGGCCUUUGACAAAAUCUCUCAGUCCAGAAUUCUUGAUAUUCACUGCCCUGCUCAUAGAGUAAUUGAACUUUUAGUCCAUGGAGAUUUCAAAUCUAAAUUGAUUGAUCUUUUUCAUAAACAGAAGAUUGUGCCAAUUGCCCAUUUCAGCCCUUUGGAUGGCAAAAUUAUCUGUGAUCCCAAACUUGCUUUGGAGUCCUUAGAUGUCCAUGCUUCCAAAGCUCAAGAGCUGUUUGAUAACAGAAUAUUACGUAUGUGCCUCCACCAACCUGCCUACCUUGGAAACAAUAUGAUGCAUCACUUCUCUACCAUCAGUAUUAACAGAGUUUCUGCAACAACAUUAGCUGAAUAUCUGACUCAGCGCAAAACAAUAAUAACAACAUUGACUGGCCCAAAUAUUGAAGAUCUUCAAGAUACCACAACAACAGCCAAGACAAAAGACGACCCAAAUGCAAUCAUUGAUAAUAUUGGAGAUUCAAAAUCUAACGAAUUCGAUAACAACAUGGAGCUGGAAGAUACCCAAAACAAUUGCAUGAAUGAAUAA